GAACAACUUGCCUGCCUCUUUCGAAUAUAAAUAAGUGAAAAAAAAAUGACAGAAGGAUGUGGCGCGACAGGUGGUGCGAUAACAAAAAAGGUAGAUAUAGAAAAAACGGAGAGCACUUUGAAAAUUCUGGAGACUGAAGAUGAUGACGAGCCAUUAGAAACGGUCAAGGAAAAACCACCACCUGGUAUAAAUGCAUCUCUGGUAAUGCUGUAUGCUGUAUUUUUUUUAAUGUUCACUGUUGGAUGGAUUAGUCUCAACAGUUGUUCUGUGAACAGACUUAUACCAAUUUAUCUAAUUGUAGCAGGUUUUCUAGGAGCAAUGGCUAAAUUUUUGAGCUCUUGCAAGAAUAGGCACUUAUUUAAUUUAGCAAUAGCAUUAUUGAUUUUCGAUGUUUUAUGGCAUGGCUUAGGCACCUACAUUGUUUAUACGGAAUAUCAACCAAAUUAUGAUCCAAACUUGGGGAAAUAUUGCAACAGAACUGCUUAUUUACUGGCUUUCUGGUUACUCACAUUCCAGUACACCAUUCUAGGAAUUUUCAUCCUAAUAUCGGCCUGUUACAUGUUGAUGAAAGGUGACUUCAAGAAGAAAUAGCUAUAUAGGUUGAUAUGAUUGUAUUAAAAAUUAAUCGAAUGGUAAUCAACUUAUUGGAUAUGGUUGUAUUAUUUCAAAGAGAUUAUAAUUAUUAUGAGUACCGUAAAC